AUGGAAUGGGCCUGUGACAAUAAGGUGACCAGAAGUUGCAGACUGAGGCACCACUCCUCUAAGGACGAUGCAUCGAACUAUCUGAAGGAGGAUGCCAUACCCCACCCAUGGUACCGAGCCAUAUGCUUGGGUGGCCGCCCAAUUGGAUUCAUUUCCAUUAUGCCAGGCAUAACCACACUGGCCGUGAAAAGGGCUGUUUCAAGUGCGUUUGAAGAGUUCCCAGAUCUGGAGAGAACUGAAGGUAUUGUUGAUGUGAAUAAUAAGGCCUCACAGAGGGUAUUGGAAAAGGCUGGGUUCCUCAAGGAAGGUGUCCUCAGAAAAUAUCUCUGUAUCAAUGAAGAAACUAUUGAUUUUGCUAUGUAUAGCCUUUUAUCCACUGAUCCAAUUUUACAUUAG